ACAAAACAUAAGUGGAGGAUAGUCCUCGUAAAGUAACGUAACUACAUAACACCAUCCAAAUCGAAAGCUAUCUCCAACUGUCUGCUACAGCAUGAACAACGACGCAAACAAAGCAUCAACCUCAACCACCACCCCAGAAAUAGCACACGAUUUUCCGGGGCUCAUUCGCGUCUUCACCGAUGGACGUGUGCAGCGUUUCACCGGAACCGACGUGGUUCCACCCUCCACCUCCACUCACUCGGUCUCAUCCAAAGACAUCACUCUCCACCCUCACUCCACUCUCUCCGCUCGCCUCUUCCUCCCUCCGCCACAACCCACUUCCAACCGCCGCCGCAGCCUCCCCCUCUUGGUCUACUUCCACGGUGGCGGCUUCUGCGCCUCCUCCCCCUUCACCGCUAAGUACCACAACUACAUAACCGCAGUGGUUGCCGAGGCCAAAGUCGUUGCUCUCUCCGUUCACUACAGGCUGGCUCCGGAGCACCCUCUCCCAGCUGCAUACGAGGAUUCAUGGCUUGCACUACAGUGGGUUGCGUCCCACCGGAGUAACAAUGGACCCGAGCCUUGGUUGAAUGACCAUGUAGACUUUGGAAGAGUUUUCUUGGCUGGGGAUAGUGCUGGUGCUAACAUAGUACAUAAUGUGACUAUGCUACUUGGGGACCCGGAUUGGAACCUUGGUUUGGACAUUCUUGGAGUUUGUAUGGUCCAUCCUUACUUUUGGGGUUCGGUUCCAAUCGGGUCGGAGGCGUUGGAUCCGGAUAGGAAGGCCGUGGUGGAACGGUUGUGGCCCUUUGUUUGUCCAGAGAUGCCGGAUAAUGAUGACCCGCGGGUUAACCCGGUGGGAGAGGGUGCACCCAGUUUGGCGUGGCUGGGGUGUGGGAGGGUGCUGGUGUGUGUGGCGGAGAAGGAUGUGUUGAGGGAUAGAGGGUGGCUUUACUAUAAUGCUUUGAGUCGGAGUGGGUGGAUGGGUGUGGUGGAAAUUAUGGAGACUCAAGGGGAGGGUCAUUCUUUUCAUCUUCAUGAUUUGGGAAGCGAGAAUGCACAGGAUUUGAUCAAAUGCUUGGCUCAUUUCUACAACAGAGACCCCCCUCCUUCAAUUUAAAUGUCCAAGAGUCUGGUGUUUCUAAUCUGUAUUAUAUGUUGAUGCUGCUGCUUGAGCACAAGGUUUGUAACCAUGUAAGAUAAGCCAAUCCAUUAGUGUAAUUCCAUUUCAUUUGUGAAUCGAGUUUCAUACUAUGUAAUUCGUUUUGUAAUUUGCUUAUACAGUCCUGUCAUAAAAGACUACUGACUUUUACACAA